AGAGGUGUUAUUGUUGCAGCGUCGGAUACCAUAUUUACAGUACCUAACUUCUCAUGUUUGUAUUUAAUGGUGGUUAAAUUAUAGGUAUAAUUUGCUGGUAAUUUUCAACAUGCGAACUUAUAAAAGGGAUGGAAAUGAGCAUCCAAUAUCAGAGGAAUCCAGAAAAGCUUUUGUUAAUUGUAUGAAUACCGAAGCUUAUAAGGCUGGCCUUCCUGUAGGCAUAAUAUCUGCAUUUAUGGCCAAUGUAUUUAUUCGUGGUAAUACACCAACUGUAAGGGCGAUAUUUACAGCCACAAGUGGGUUCUUUGGAUAUAUUAUUGGAAGAUUUUCAUAUGCACCUACUUGUAUCGCAAAAUAUGUGCCCGAAGUGAAUCUUAAAGAAGAUGAAACAAACUUAAUGGAGAGACACAGAAGAGCAUAUGAAACUGCAAGUGAAUCUGAGACUCCUUGGAUAGAACAAGAACUAACAUCAAAUGAUUAUUAUACAAAUAUAGAUGAUAAUAGUGUAUUACAAGGGAAUCAAUUUGACGAUAUUAAUAAUGAUAUUGAUAUCGAUGACAAACCUAUUAACUUAAAACCACAGAAACGAAGUGUGACUUAUGAUGAUUUAAGAAGCCAACACAGAGCAUCGCUUUAUGCAAGACAGAACAGAACAAGAUCGAAGUCAUUUCAAGAUGAAGAAUUACAGGAUGAUGCUGCAACUUUGAAAACUGAAAGCACAGAAGGAAAUAUAUGGUUUUAAAGUAAACUGCAUGUGCGUGUUACUUAUAGAUACUUCUAGUAUUUGUAUAUUAUCUAUACACAGAUAUAUCAUAUUACAAAUAAUGAAUGAAAACUACAAUGUUUCUUAAGUGCAGUAAUGUAUUUAUUAUUUGUUAAUGUAUAUAAUACUCUGCUUUGAUUUCUUUUGCUCAAUCGUGUACUGUUUGUUUAGAAUUAGUAGAAUAAUGAAUCGAUUUGCAAAUGAAGCACACAAGAUGCAAUAUUUUUAAGAACAGUAAACAAAAAUAUGUAAAUAAAUUGGUAACACAUAUAGAGGUGUAGAGGUAUAUUUUUAAAGGUGUAUACCAAAAUAAAAAUAUUUACAGGAUAUGUACUUGAAAACGAGGAAAUAAGACAUUAACAAAAUUACAUACGACAUGGACGUACAAUCUUUCAUAAGACUGCUGCAAAUGUUAGGUGCCAUUUCGGCAUCGCAUAAACAUGACUAACAGAAUUUCACUUCUCUUUCAUAAAACAAAGAUUCCCGAUACAAGUAUCUUUCCGAUACUUAUACGUUGAUAGCUGAAUAAUUGUAUGAUAACAGAUUUUUUCUUUUGUCACAGAUUCUUUUAUUGGCAAUUGGCAUUGGUUAUAUUUGAAUGAAAAUUUGUAUACAUGUGCUUGCGGUUUCUAAUGCGUCUUAGUUUUUGACGCAUGAUCGUCACGAAACAGAUUAUACAGUUUUUUAAUUUAUUUUUCUCAAAAACAUCUCGCGUUAAACUGCUCGCCUCUCAGAAAUUCUUCAGUUUGUUGUACACGUAAAAUAUACGAUUUUCUUUAUUUCCGUGACGUUAUGUGAUACGUAUGUUAAUAGGUAUAAUUGAGAUUGUAUAAUGGUAAAUAUAACAAUGUAAAAAGAGA